GUGAUGCUUUGGGAUUAAAAGACGCAGGAGUGGAGUGGGUGCUUGUGCAACCUUUUUCGCAUAUAUAGGCCGUCAUUUCUAUUUACUUGUCGGACUAUUCAAUACAACCAGGAUCAAACUUUAUAACUAAGAGGAGAACGAAAUGCUUUCCAACUGUAAGAGUACUUGUCCUCUGUCCUGUAGACACAUUACAUUAAAAAAAACGCACUUCGGGCUCUAAUAAACUGGAAGCAGCCCUUUGAGAAUUAUGUUCACCGUCGUUUUGUGGAGACGCUAACAUUUAAAUAUAGCUGCCGAAUAAUGAGGGUGAACAUUAAAAGUGUAUAGCAGCCCAUCACCAUGGAUAAUGGACGGAAAAAGAAGCUGACGUUUUUUACCAUUGGACUCAUCUUUCUGUUGAGCGGCGUGGAAUAUGCUGUGAUACUCCCCACUAUAUGGAGGUAUUUGCAAACAUUAGAGGCACCAACGUACUUCCUGGGUUUGACCCUAUCAGCAUUCAGCCUUAGCGGUCUCCUUUCGGGACCACUGUUUGGCCACUGGUCUGACAGAACGCGAACCACCAAAAAGAUUAUUUUGUUUGCCAACCUUUUUGAGAUUGUGGGUAACUUAAUGUACUUUAUGGGCUUUUCCAAGUGGUUCCUACUGUCAAGCAGACUCGUGGCAGGCAUUGGCACAGGUGCUGGCUCGUCCAUCUUCGGUUUCCUGACCAGAAGCACAGCCCCAGAAGAUCGCUCCACUGUGUUUGCCGCUGUCAUGGUGUGUCGACAAGUGGGCCUUCUGAUUGUCCAGGGGUUACCCUGCCUCCCGCCCAAAGUCUGCUGGGAUAGUUUCCAGCUAAUCGGUGACCCUGAACAAGAUGAGUGUCCAGCAUUUAACAUCUUCCUGAGACUGUGUGAUUUCCAUCUGGGUCCUUUUGUGGUCAAUAUAUACACUGCACCAGGGUUAUUCAUGUGUUUAUUGUGGAUUCUUCUUCAAUUGGCUGUGGUCUUCAUGUACUGGGAUCUCCCACCUCUGGAGAGAGGGAAGGACACUCUUAAAAAGCGCAGUGAGAUGGGAAAUGAACAAAGUAUAGAGAAAGAGGAAGCUGAGGAUGAGGAUGAUGAGGAGGUAAAGCCACUAAUGCGAUCUCAGGAGCUGGUGGGCUCCUACGGCUCUGUGGUCACCGCGGACUCUCAUAAGAAUCACACUACUGCAACUUCUGAUGCAACCUUGAAUCAAGUUGCCCCAUCUCCUGAGCCAUCAGUGUCCCGUGAGUCCUCCAGUCCCUUUAAGAACUUCAGUCUCUCACGAGAGUUCCUGAGAGAAGAAGUGGUUGUGCUGCUGGCUGCUCAAUUUAUCACCCUCUUUAAUCAAACAGCACUGGAGACCAUGGUGACACCACUGACCCAAAAGUAUUUCAACUACGGGGAAUUGGAGAACAGCCUCAUGUACUGUCUCUGCGGCGUGGAAGUGAUUACUGGCUUCCUAUUUGUGCGCUGGCUGAGCCGGCGUGUUGCUGAGCGAGUAAUUCUGGCUGUUGGCCUUAGCAUUUGCAACAUUUCCUGUGUGUGGUGCCUUAUCUUCCUGGCUAACCCGCUGGGUGGUUUCCCAUGGCGGCUGACAGAGUUUGUCAUAGGCGUGUUUCUGCAGGUUCUGGGUCUGCCGUUUAUAGCUGUUGCCCAGGUUUCCCUCUUCUCCAAAGUUACCUCUGAAAAAACACAAGGUUUUAGUCAGGGGGUGCGUCGCUCAGUUGGAGGUCUAGCGACCAUUCUGGGCCCUCUGUGGGCUGGUGGCCUCACUGACAACAUGUAUAUCAUGAUGGGUGUGAUGAUGGCACUGCUGGCACUCCUAACGAUGAUGCUUGCCUUCUCUUACAAGCGGCUGGUUGAACCUUCUCAAGAGGAAGAAGCAGAAAGCGGCGAUCUCUGUUAAUUUAGCUGCAAAGUGGGAGGUUCUGUUUUGAACCACAAGAUUCCUUGACGGUUCCAUUACCCCUGCCUCGUACCACAGGGCCCGGUCCUUCAACAUUUUUGCACACAAAUGAAGAUAAAAGGACUUAUUUGGUGAAUAUGUACAUUUCCCAUGGAAAUUUGGAGGCCAUCUGACAUUGUGUCCAAUUGUCAUCUUGUGUGCUCCAGCACUGACAAUAUUUAUUUCCUGAUUUAAAUUAUGGGUUGAAAAUAUAUAUAAUAGUUAUAUGUACAGUAUAUGACAUAUACUGUCUAUAUAACUGACGUAUUAACUGGUCAAUAUAGGAAUAGCAUAAACUACUGUCUUGCUUUCAAGGUGGCAUAACAACAACAACAAGGUUCUGGUUUUAGUGUAGUACAUAUACUAGCCACUAGUGGGCACACUUGGACUUCUAAAGUGGAUGACAAUUGAACUUCAUGCCUGCGAGUGUAAUUUUUUUUUUGGGGUGGGGGGGGGGGGGCAAACGGUUGUAUGUUCAGUUAAACGUAUUAGUGUAUUCAGUUAAUUGCCAAAGUAAACAAUUUAAUAAUUUCAAUAAGUCCAACAAAAUCCAAAAAUAUCAAAAGCAGAGAAAUUCAUUUGUUUUUAGCCAAAAUGUAUUUUUCUGAAUAGUCCUUUAUGAAUGUUGAUGAAACUUUCAGUGCUUUUGUUUUGUGUAGCUACCAAUUUUGAUAUAACUAACCUUGAUUGCUCUAAAUGUUUUUCAUUAAAACAUAAUGCUAUAAAUCAUUAAACUGUACAUGUUAA